GUUUAGAAACACCCUACAUGAAUUUAUGUGACGUCACAUCCGUAAACAAAGUUAGCGUCCUUCCUUUGUCAGUCGUGUAGAGUUCUACGACAUUCUAGACAAAUUUGCGACACAGAACGCACAGGGCCAUAAUAAUGGCAGAGAAGGAGGAAAACAACUUAGACAGGCUGAACCACUCCUCUGACGGUGAUAGAGAAGAAAAGAAUGGACAGAGCAUCCCAAACAGUGAGACAGAGGUAGAAGGCAAGAAGAGAAGGACACGGACACCAAGCCCUAAAUCCAACCCAAUCCAAGCCUUUAUGGUUGCAGCUUCUCCUCCAAAGUUCAUCUCAUUUGACCAGCUGAUGGCAGCUGCGAAUGGUGUCAAGAACAUGUCUCUAGCUCAUGAAAUAGCUGUCAACAAUGACUUCCAGAUAGAAAAACUUCAACCACAGGAGAACAGCAUUGAGAAACAAGUACGUGAUGUAAUGCACAAAGCUUUCUGGGAUGUUCUGGAAGACAAGCUGAAAGGAGAUCCUCCAGACUAUUCUCAUGCACUAGUGCUCAUUGAGGAAGUCAGAGAGAUGUUGGUAUCACUUCUGCUGCCACAACAUGUGCGACUCCGUGCUCAACUGCAAGAAGUGCUGGACAUGGACCUCAUCCAGCAGAAGAUGGAGAAUGAUGCAUUUGACAUUUUUUAUUAUGCAAACUAUGUUGUUGACACCAUGUCACGGUUGUGUGCUCCUGUGCGGGAUAAAAGGGUGGCCAGACUUAGAGAUAGCAAAGAGGUGGUCCCUCUCUUCAAGGAGAUCUUUGAAGUUCUGGAGUUAAUGAAAAUGGACAUGGCAAACUUCACCAUUCAGCAAAUACGACCUUAUCUUCAGCAACAGUCAGUAGAAUAUGAACGAAAGAAGUUCAACGAAUUUCUUAAGACUCAGGAGGAGAGUGGCACAGAUGGUCUGGAGAUCACACGAAUGUGGUUGAAGAGAAACUAUGACAAGCUUCUUGCUGAAGAGGCUCACUGCGAAGAACAGGACUCUGCAGCUUCCCAAGCUUCUGCUACUGACUCCAUGCCAUCAACUUCUUCAGGAUCUAGAGGCUCUAAGGCAACACCUGCUGCGAUCAUGAAUGAAGCAUACAUGGAGACACUCAGCUGGGAUGAGAACAAUAUCUAUCCAGAGACUCUACUGAUGGAUAGAGCACGCUUCUUCGAACUUGAAACAAAAUGUUCUCUGCUGACAAACAUUGCGGCUGUGCAGCUGGUGACCUACAGUACAGUGGGAGCCCCAAUUGCUGGCAUUCAGACAUUGAAGCAGACAUUGAAGUCUCAUGUUCAGACACUGCUAGAAGGAGAAAACAUAGACUUGAAGGAGACACUGGCGAAUGUCGCAGAGCAGGUGAAAAAGGAUGUAAAUGAGUGUCUUGUUCAACAUGGCUUUUCUCAGCUGGAUGAAAAGAAAUCCAAGCUGCUGACUGGGCAGAUCUGUGAUCUUGCAUCAUCUGGUAAUGCAGUGACAACUCUCAUGAAGCGUCGAAUGACAAACUUCAUAAAGGAUUCAAUAUCCACCCGACGUGUUGACCCCCUCAAGCUUCCUCCUGGCUUUUCUGCAGUGGAGACGGAGUUAUCUCAAGUACUUGGGCAGUUUAUGCGGCUCAUCUCUCACAACCGGUCUGUGUUUGGCCCACAUUACUCAGCAGUUAUUUCUCAGCUCCUGGAACGACAGCAGGACCUGUCUCCCCAUUGAACUUCAUUAUCUAGAGUCCCCUUCUGAGAAUGUUGGCAUGUUGCCGAGUGAUGGUUUGCUUUGGAUUGUAGCCUAAAGUCUGUUGUGGCUUCUGUGUGACAAGAUACCCUGUGUAAGGUAAUCUGUAUCUUUGCUGCAGUAAUGUUGGUUGUGAACUAAGGGCAUAAACACUUGACAUGCAGGAAUGACUCUAUGGCCUUGUCAUUAGCAAGACAGCAGCUAACUCUUGAAUAGUGACAUUACUUGUGACAUAAGGCACCACAAAAGGUGGAGAGAGAUACUGGCACUAUUUUCUGGUUGAACCUGAUCCAAUCAUCAAGUAGAGAUUUAAAGGGGAGAUUUCAUGAUCCAGUUUUUAACUUGCCUUAACUUUAAGUAAUUAUCCCUGACUAUUACGAUACCACAAUGAUUUAAAGUUAAACUAAGCUGGUUCAUACCAUUUGGAGACAUCAUGAAAAUGUCCAGAACAUGGAUAUCGGUCAUGAGCCUGUUGAUCAUGGGUUACAUCUACAGGGGACAAUACUAGUUCUAGGACAAUUAAUGAUUGCUUCUCGCCCAUGCCAGGCUCAAGUCAUGCUGUCUGUUAAGGGUUGCAAGUGUGUGAUUUACUUUAUUGUUGGAAAGUUGAUUAUGUACAGCUACGCUUUAAUGUUAUUUGGCUAAGACUGCUGAGGAAUGAACUGCAGACAUAAACAAUUAUGUACAUAUAUAAUGCAUGAAUAUUUGUCUAUGCUUUAUCUACCCACCCACCAACACACACAUAUACACCUAUACCUAUAUGCUUAUUUACAUUUGUUGAAUAUAUAUAUAUGAUCUUGUAUAUGUAGAUGCAUGCUUUAAGAUUGAGUGUUUUGUUACAUUUAAAAGAGUUUUUAAGUUUGUCAGUUUAAAGACAACCUUUAUGAUUAGUGCAACUUUCCUGUUUUUUCAAUGUUUAAAUGCCAUGUUAUAGGUCACCUGUACAUGUCUGCAUUUUUUUUGUCAUGUCAAAACUGGCUGCUAGGAUUAGGCACUUCAUAAACAUAAAAAUUAUUUUUGUGAAGAUUUGUUUGAAAUAGUGGUCUACACCAUCAAUCCUUUCAACUGAAAGUUGCAGUUUUGACUAGGCAUCAUGACCACCCUAUUUGCAUUAUGAUAACUUACAUUAUAAAAGAAAAUAUGACUAAAUCACAUGCUUUUUGGAGAGAUCUUCAUUAGACUUUUACCUAUGGAGAUUGUUGAUAAUUUAAAAAAUUCAUUUAUAUUAAGCCUCAAUAUGAAACUUUGCUAUUAAUCUAGUAACAUUGCAGUGCAUGUAUAUUCUGUAUGAGAUAAUGCCUUCCAUGAUGUCAUGUGCUAAAACUAUGAUUUAGUGUUAGUUUACAAAUUAAGGGUAAUGAGUUAAUUCAGACGAUUGUAUGUGUUUAUUGAAAAGUGAAGCUAACGAUAAUUAGAAUUGUUUAAUCUCAUGAACACCACCAUUAAAAUUGAGAGCAGAAGGAAACCCAAAAGUUGGUAAGAACAAAGGGAUGUUUGAUGCCAUCCUUUUUUUUUAAAUGCGCUCCGAGUUGAGUGUCCAAUAGAUAACACAUUAAGUGUAUUUUCUGAAGAGAUUAUGGAGACAAUUUUUUCUCUUGUGGGUUUGUGGUUGUCCUGACCAUCUCAAAUUCUUGUGUGUUGCCUAUUCAGAUAGUGGAUCAGGGCUUCUGCUUACGCAAAAAAUUGCGUACAGUACGCAUUAAAAGUUCGGAGGACCCCUUCAAUUUUCGUCAAUGGGGUCCCAUACAAAUUUGGGCAAAGAUCAGGGACCCCUUGAAAAUCUGAAGAAGGGGUCCCUGGGACCCCAAAGAAUUUAGCCUUAGCAGAAGCCCUGGUGGAUUUUGUGUUUUCUGUAAAGGUUGGUGAUUACAAUCCAUGUAUCCAUUGAAAGUGCUUCCACUUUAAUGUGCUGGUCACUGUUGCUGCAACAGCUACCAUAAUCAUACAGUAAAGACUCCAGGUUCACUGUUUUGGUGUCAUCAGUGUAUAUACAUGUAUAUGUACAUUGAAAGUUAAUUUUUUUUUUCUUUCAGAUACAACACACGUUAGGAAAUAAUUAUUGCAAAAGUUAUUACUUAAUGGGCUUCUUAGUGUUUCAGCCCCUUUCUCUUCCCUUUGUCAUCAAACCACUAACUUGUAUUGCACGUCCAUGAUAAAACAACAGUUAGACUAUUCUUUCUGCUGUCAUUUUUGUGUUAAUUAAGUGAUUAUUUGAGUAAUGAGUAAUGAGUUCAUCGUGCAACUGAAUUAUGAAGAAUAAUUUGAAAUACUUUUUAGCCUUAAGGAUAAAUCAAAAAAGUAAUAUUGUCUAUUAUGGAUAGUCAGUUUUUACAAAAGAUAAAUUUGCAAAACAGCCAUAUUUUGGUUUUAAGUAAUGUUUAAAUCAUUUUGUUCUGUUUCCUAAAUUACAUUUAUUUAACAGGAUGUAAAGUUAUUUGAAAAUGAAAGUAUUUUUCAGUGGUCUUUGUAUCGUUAUCACCUGUUAUCACAAGUUAUAUAAAGAUAAUUAAAAUAAAGAUCAUGUGUAUAUAUUAUGUCAGUAAUUUUAACCUUAUUUCAAAGUUUGAUUUUUUUUAAGAGAAAUAUUUUUUCUUUGACAAAAUGCAUACACCUUAUUCUAUUUCAUUAAUAUUUACAGCAUACUAUUUAGUAGCAUUUUUCACAAGUAAGCUGUAUUGUAGAUGAGAUAGAAAUAUAAAACUUUGAAACCUCAUUUGAAAAAUAUUAAAACAUGUUUUUGUGUUAAUCUCAAGAAAAGUUCAGAUGGAUAUUCACAUUGUGGCAUUAUAUCUUUCCAAACAUUUAACUUUUUAAAAAUAGUCAUCCUAAGAUUCUGUUUUGAUUUUGUGCUGCUUAGAAAAUGCAAUAAAAUGUGUGUGGUUAUUGGUGACUCAAUGGGGUUGAGGUGCACAGUAAUUAUUACUCCUGUAGCAUUUAAUUCUGGUGAAGCUCCACAGCUUGGCAUUAAACUGACUUUAGUUUGACACAGUAUAGGUUACUGUAUUUGGUUAAAAGAGUCUUUGUGCCCAUCCAACAGCUAUGGACAUCUCAAGAAAAAGAGAAAAUGGCAUGCAAAGGUUGCUUUCAUAGACCUUAUCUAAGACAUAGUGCACCACAAUAUAGUUUUCUACUCCUAUGCUUGGCAACUUUUUAGGAACCUAACAUUUAAUCCAUCCGCAAGAUUCAUUUUGAAAAGUAUUUCCGACACAGCUAUGGCAUUACAUAAGGCAUUUUGUUGGCAUUGCUAACUUUCAAAUGAAUAUCAGUCAGGAAUUGUUUAGUCAUAUUUCUCAUUGUCUAUUAAGGAUAUUUUCCAAUAAUUGAAGGUAUCUGCUUCAAAGAUUGUUUCUUUGAAAUCGUAUUGCAUUGUCUAAGGAAGAGACGAGCUAUAGUAAUCAUCUCUUUCCCCACUUUUAUUGAAAAAAUAAAAUUAAAGAAAAGAAA